CGGUUCCGUCUAGCGCGUCCCCACCGACCAAUCAGCGGUGCCUGGUCACAAGGACUUCAGCAGAUCCGGUUUUCAUACAGUGCUGGCGGCUGUGUUGAUAUUUCAUCGAUAUCUUUCUCGUCCUGUCACAGAGGAUAGAAGCGCACCUCCAACGUAAAUCAGAAUGGCCCAGGGGAUACCAGACGAGGUGAUGAUGAAUGACACACUGAUAAAAGAAUUGGCGGAUGUGGCAAAAGAUGCAGCGCUUCUGCAGGGUGUUCUAAUGAGGAUCCAGGAGACCCCCAACUCAUCAGAGUUGGUGACCUACGCUCCAUUCACCCUAUUCCCCACACCUGUGCCUAAGGCUGUGUUCCUUCAGGCUCUGGCAGUGCAAACACACUACAACACACUGGUGGACAAGAUCAGUCAGGACACAGACUUUCUGGAAGAGGCUCUCUCCAGCACCAUUGCAGUGGAUGAUUUCACUGCGAGGUUGUUCAAGCUCCACCAACAAAUCCUCAAAGAAGGAAGGUCCCAGUCUAUCGUGUUGGGUCUCAAUCGGUCCGACUACAUGCUGGACCAGAGAGAUGAUGGCUCGUCGUCUCUGAAGCAGAUAGAAAUCAACACCUUUGCUGCCAGUUUUGGAGGUCUCUCAUCACGCACGCCAGAUGUACACCGACACGUCCUUAAGGUGGCUGGGCGACUGGAGGAGAGCCAGAACAUCCUAGACAACAACCCAGCAGCUGGUCUAGCCAGGGCUGUGGCCAAAGCCUGGGAGCUCUAUGGAUCAGAGAGAGCAGUCGUCAUGUUCUUGGUGGAAGAGAGCCAAAGGAACAUCUUUGAUCAGCGAUACAUUGAGAGUGAAUUGUGGAAGAGAAACAUCCCCACAAAAAGAAAACGGUUCGAUGAUGUUUGUAAGACAGGGUCCCUCGAUCAGGACAAGAGGCUGUUUGUUGAUGGCCAAGAGGUUGCAGUGGUGUACUUCAGGAACGGCUACAUGCCCCAGAACUACAUUUCUGAACAGACUUGGGAUGCUCGUCUUCUGAUGGAGCGCUCUCUGGCUGUGAAAUGUCCAGAUAUCAGCACUCACCUGGCUGGAACCAAGAAGGUCCAGCAGGUGCUCACCAGGCCUGGAGUUCUGGAGAAGUUCUUCCCAGACCAGCCUCAAGUAGUGGAGCAGAUCAGAGCAACGUUCGCCGGCCUCUACACUCUAGACAUGGGACCAGAGGGUGACAAAACGGUAACAAUGGCUUUGGAAGAACCAGACCGUUAUGUCCUGAAGCCUCAGCGAGAGGGAGGAGGUAACAACAUCUAUGGGUCAGAGAUCUGCCAGGUCCUGCAGGGAGUGAAGGGCAGCACAGAGAGGAUGGCCUAUAUUCUGAUGGAUAAAAUCCAUCCUGCCCCUGUACAGAACUACCUGCUGAGACGAGAUGCUCCUCUUCAACUCAAUAACUGUCUCAGUGAACUGGGAGUGUUUGGUACCUAUGUCAGGCAAGGUAAAGAUAUGGUGAUGAAUGAGUGUGUGGGUCACCUGCUGAGGACCAAGAGCUCCGAACACUCAGAUGGAGGUGUAGCGGCAGGAGUGGCUGUGCUGGACAAUCCUCUCCUCAUCUGAGAAUUUACACUCCUACCUGCUGGGUUUUUAACAGUUCCCAGAUGGACAACAGUGAAAUGAAGGUUGCACUUUUGAGCCACACUGUCACUGUUAAAUUCAAAGAAAUACUAGCAGUUUAGGCUCACUGUUGCUUCCAUUCCUCCAGGAUUCUUCCGGCCAUUGGAGGUGAUGCAGUAGACAAAUGUCUGUGUAUUAUUUCUAGUGUAGCUCGGUGUUUGUCAUCUGCCAAUAUCAGUGGUUCCUAAAGGGUUUGUGAGGACCAUGAUUGUGAUCAGUUUUUGAUAUCAUGUUGAGUCUAUUCAUGACGUGCUGCUCUCAAAUACUAAAAACUUAACGGCUUAAACAAAACCCAGCAAGUGAUUAGAACACAUCAUUCUAACACAAUAACUUGCUCAGUUUGGUUACACAUGUUAAACUGCCCUAAUUCUCAAUAAAUACUGGAGCUUUUGUUUACCUCAAAUGAAGAGAGGACCAGUUCUUUAUUGGAUGCAAACUGUGAAGCCAUUACCUCUAAUUUGUCAAUUUAUAGAAGUAAAUCUUUUGAUACUUGAAAAAUACUUUCACCGUUUCGAGGACAUAAUCACUUUUCUUACCUGGAACCUUUUUGAUAUGAUAAAGUGUUUUGUUUUGUUUUGAGUUUGCAUUGACAGCAGCCUAGCGUUGGAAACAUGGUGGUGGAAUUUGACCGCCAUCUUGUGGCUCUCUUAUGUUACUACAAUAUGUUAGGUUGGGUCCCUCAAAUGCAGUUAAGUCACUCUGAGUUACUGACAUCUCCCAACAUAUUGCAGUAUAACUGAGAGAACACAGUUUCAUUUCUGAAAGUGAAAGUAUAGGAUAUUAUCAGGCUCUGUAAUAGUGUGUUUAUAAAGUAUGUGAUUUAUGGUUGCUUCAGUUUGACUGUGGAGAGCUUUUGGAAAGCAGGUUGUACAACUCUCUCAAAAUCACUCAUGAUGAAAAACUAUCAAGGUAAAUCCCAGGUUGGACAGGAGUCACAUGUAGAAUCUCUUUAUACUACUUGAAGUUUAGAAAAGUUGGCCAAAAGAAGUGUCCUUAUACAGCUGUUUUUGGCUGUUCACAACCUUUUAUUUGACUAUUUUUAUCUCUUGAACUAUGCUGAUCACUGCCUGUUUUUAUGAUUGAGACAAGCAACUAACAAACCAUUCUCUGUAUUCAUGCACACUACGGCAUUUUGCUGUAAUUUCUCAACCCUGGAAACAAAAUCAGUGGCAAAAAUACCCCAAUCAUUUUCAGUAACUUUAUAAGAAAUAGCUAAUAAAUAAGAAACAUAAAACAUAUGAUUAUUUAUUUUUAUUGUACCUUUUAAAACAAGAAACAGCUGAUUGCAAAUAUAAUGUGAUAUGAUGCGAUGGUCAUUUUAAGAUUUUCUUUUUUAAUUUUGUCCAUUAUGGUUAUGUUAAGGUGAAAGAAAUGUGAAUGUCUAUGUAAGGAAUAGUCAGACAUUUCUCCAUUACAUCAAGGAUACUACUCCUGCAGGCUGAUCUGCAUUUUACUCUGAUUGUGUAAUAGAGUAGCGUAUUUAUUGAAAUUCUUGAGAUAUGAUGAAAGACAAUUAAGAACCAAAUGUUAGACUCUCUGGACCAAAAAAGUGCUGAUCAUCAUGUUCAAUUGAAAAAUAAACUGUCUGUCUGCAUA